CUGAAGCAUCGUGCGGCGCCGGCAGUCACUCUCGCUGGGAACGAGCGAAACCCCCGAUAAACCACAUCCACUUCGGCAAAACACCAAAAGAGGUGUUUAUAAAAUGCGACAGGACUGCAUAAGUGUCGUCCUUGGCUCUGUGUGAAAUUAGGCUCUUUAGAGGUUUUUUUUUAUAUUCAUUUCGACUCGCCUGAUUUUAUUCCGCCGCCGGGAUGGGAGAAAUGGUCAGUGAGUAGCCCAGUCGGGGACGGCUCUGCCGGGUAACUCGCCAUGGCUCAGGACACGUCGCCGCGGCUUUCUCCGACUCCCGAGUGGAUAUUAGCAGCCUACGAGGGGAGCAAUGCCUCCAGCGAGAUCCAGUCCAAUCUCACCCAAAACAACACCAAGCCGUUCUUCCUGGACAUGAGAGGCAGCGUGCUCCUGCCAUUCAUCUACUUCGUUGUGUGCGUGGUGGGACUGAGCGGCAACACCCUGGUCAUCUACGUGAUCCUGCGAUACGCCAAAAUGAAGACGGUCACCAACAUCUACAUCCUCAACUUGGCCAUCGCCGACGAGCUCUUCAUGGCCGGACUCCCCUUCAUCGCCAUCCAGGUGGCCAUGGGUUACUGGCCCUUCGGCCAGGCUUGCUGCAGGAUUCUGAUGACCGUGGACGGCAUCAACCAGUUCACCAGCGUCUUCUGCCUGACGGCGAUGAGCGUCGACCGCUACCUGGCCGUGGUCCACCCCAUCAAGUCUUCGCAGUGGCGCAAGCCGAGGAUGGCCAAGUUGGUGAACGUGGCGGUGUGGUUCAUCUCGCUGCUGGUCAUCCUACCCAUCAUGAUCUACUCGGGGGUGGUGCAGAACGCCCCCAGGAACAGUAGCUGCACCAUCAUCUUCCCCAGCGAGGACCAGAUGUGGUACACCGCCUUUACCAUCUACACAUUCGUACUGGGCUUCGUCCUGCCCUUCACCAUCAUCUGCCUCUGUUACCUCAUGAUCAUCUUCAAGGUGAAGGCUUCGGGCAUCCGUGUGGGAUCGUCCAAGCGCAAGAAGUCCGAGAAGAAGGUCACCAGAAUGGUCUCCAUCGUGGUGGCCGCUUUUGCUUGCUGCUGGCUGCCCUUCUACAUUUUCAACUUGGUCCCGCUGGGGGUGAACGUCCUGCCUACACAAGCCUCCAAAGGCGUUUUCGAGUUCAUAGUCCUCCUGUCGUACGCCAACAGCUGCGCCAACCCGAUCCUUUACGCCUUCCUGUCCGACAACUUCAAGAAGAGUUUUCAGAACGUGCUGUGCCUGCAGAAGGUUAGUGGCCUGGACGAGGUAGACCGCAGUGACAGCCGCCAGGACAAGUCAAGGCUGCAGGACGUCACCGAAACGCAGCGGACUCUCCUGAACGGCGACGACCUCCAGACCAGCAUUUAAACCCAAGCCGAGAUCGCCGCGUACGAGGGUCCCAGCCCCAUCCCACGGGAACGCCUCCAGGGCUCCGGUUUGAGAUUCUCGGUGAGUCCUGUUUCCAACCGGGUCCGACGAGGUCCUCCCAGCCUCAAGCCCGGCCCGUGGCUCGCAGGGUUCUGUCACCCAACCCGCAUUUACGCCUCCGCCGGUGUUACUAAUUCAUAUGAUUUAAUCUUAUGCCGCACACGCGAUUCGUUCAACCCAUGUGUCGACGUUAUUUAAGUGUGCGGAUUGUACAGCGGCAGAGGGUGAAUUGCAGUAAUUAUCCGAUGUUUUCUCAGUUCUGUUUACUGGAGAGAAUCAGGACGUAGCGGCUUUUCUGCCACUCCGGUUAGAGAGGCCGAAUGCUGCAAACGCCUCACAGUCCCGCAACCAGCCUUGUGUUUUAAAGCUCAAGCAUUAUGAACACCAAGAGAAAGUUCAGCUGUUUGAAAGCGUUUCAGCAUCGUUUUUCUUAUGGAAGCUGCUCCAGCUAAUUCGUCUUAAUUAUAAUAUGAAAUAUUUAUAUUACCGUAACCUGCUCCUCUGGGGGAAAACUUCAUCACGAGGGACUGACCGAAUUCGUUCUCUAUGAGGAAGCUCCGCAUACAGCGUGUCAGUGGGAUAACAGCCCCGGCUCUCCACUUGUUGGGAAAGUUUGCAGAUUGAUCAAAUGAAUACUUCUGUAAAUAUGUUUUCUACGGCCCAGUAAUUUGCUAGUCUGCACUAUCAUGCUCGGCGUUUGCUGCUUUAAUCCAGGUGUGGGUUCUGUUUCCAAAACCCGCCGGUGUCGGCGUUAACGUUGCUGUUUCAGUUCUAACGCCCUCACAAUGAAUGACCCCACACACGUGCACCAUUUCAAUCGCUCUGUAAACUCGCUAAUGGCAAAACGUGAACAAGAAAUGAGCCCACUUUUUCACUGCGGAUUUUUAACCAUGUAAGUUCUUGGAAAGGUUUUAAUUUAAGAGGCGCUACAUCGCAUUGAAAGAUUCCCCAAAGACAACAGAGGUUGGAAGUCUGAAAUAAAACAAAAACAGGUCGGGCAAGCUGUGUGGGAAGGGAAACAGAGUGAAUGUUUCAGGUCAAGCAUCCAAGGGGCGGCUGGUUAUGCUUGAUAUGCUAAUUAGAGUCUAGGGAAAAUUUAAAGUAUUAUCAGAAUAGGUACUGUAUGUGUCACCACAUAGUAUAUUGAGAUUGAGAAAGGGUUCUAUGCUAAACUUAUCAAAGGAGUCCACAUCCAUGGAAAAUUAAUAGUUAAUAUCUGAUAAAAUUCCAUUAACUUCACAUCAACACAUAAUCAAUCAUUUUUUUUGCUUUUGUAUAUUUACCAUUGUGCUCCAAUAUGUAGUUUUAGUGGGUGUGAUUGUUUAGAAAAGGCCUGAGUUACUGAAUGCCUGCGAUGUAUAGAGUUUGUGGAUGAGUCAAAACAUUCUUUAAUAAGUUGAUGUGGUGAGAUAGAAAAAACAAAUGUUCAGCUUCCGACUUUUCGUUCAUGACAAGAAUACACAAAGGUCUAAGGGGUGGAUUUGGCCCACCAAAAUUGUGUCAAAUGCCAAAAAUUAUGCGAUUAUUUGAGCUGCUUUUAUUAUCUAACUUCGUCCUGUUUAAAUGGUGUCCACCAUACAAACCCAAGGCUAGAGAUUCGUGCUGCAUGUUCUGUUAGCGAGCUUUCAACCAAGAACACACAGACUCAGUUGUUUAAUGGAUAACAUCAUUGCAAAAUUUAAAAAGCCUCACUUUAUCACAGUUUUCAUAUUGGAAAUAGGAAAUUCCCAAAGACGUAGAUAAUUGGAAAUCAGUUUACCUUGCUGUUCGAGUCCUAAGUAGGGCAGAUACAAAAGAGUUUCUAUCUACUGCUACAAUUUUCUAAAUUACUUCAUCUAAUGUGAACAUAUACAAAAUCAAAAUUAUUUGAACAUAUCUAAUGGAUAUACUUUUUAUUUCUGCUGUUUUAAGGCACUUUAUUGGAUUUUGGACUCUAGAUUUCACAAUACUUUUCCAAGCAAUAUCAUUAAUCCAUAUGAAUCAUCAGUUAAAAUUAUGCUGACAUUACUUAUAUAAUUUAUUAAAUAUCCUUCUACCUUUUAAGAGCAUACUCUCCCAUGCCUGGUCCUCCAUUAUUCAAAUUCAUUUUAUUCCAUAUUUAUACUUGCUUAGUUAACUUUCUUCUUUUGUAAAUACUACAGCCAUAUACGGUAAACAUAACUCUCUUAUCUGUUGGAUUGGCACACUCAGCACUCAGGUUUUUAAAAAGAAAACAUUCUGGUUUAUACAGUCUGUAGCUUUAAACCUGGUUUUGAGCUGCCAGAAACUGCGGUGUAGUUGACCCCUGAGAAAAGCCCCCUUUCAUCAAUGGCUGCUGAUGGUUAUGUCUGGAGCAAUAUCUGCAGUUAAUUCUGACAACAAUAUUUACUGCAGUAGAGGACCUUUCUACUCUUACUGAUGCAGUGAAGCUUUUUCUCAGUUCCAGUACAUUACAUUGAAAAGCAAGGUUAUUGAAACAGUGAAGAGGCUACAGUACUCACGUGCCUUGGAUCUUCCAUUGGUGCCGUGUUGUGAAGUAUAUUUUUAACUAUACAUUUAAAAUCAUAUUUUUACAUAUGUAGUCUAUAUGUUAAACAAGACAUACAGCAUUUACUAACUGUGUACUCUGAUAGAUGGCUGCUUUUUAAAAAAUAUUCUUUACCCUCUUCAACACACACAAAAUACUGGAGGAACUCAGCAAGCCAGGGAGCACCUAUGGAAAUUAACAAACAGUCGAUGUUUUGGGCUGAGACCUUCUUCAGGACUGGAAACGAAUGGGGAAGAUGCCAGAAUAGAAAGGGAGGGGGUGCGAGAGGGGGGUAGGAGGAUAGCUAGAAGUUGAUACCUGAACCCAGGUGGGUAGAAAAGAUAAAGGGCUGGAGAGGAAAGAAUCCGAUAGGAGAGAUGAGUGGUCCAGAGGCAAAGGGAAGGAGGAGGGGACCCAGGGGGAGGUGAUAGGCAGAUGAGAAGAGUUAAGAGCCUAUUAUCAGAAUAUAAGAAGAGGGGAGGUCAAGGGAAUUUUUUUUACCAGAAGGAGAAAUCAAAUUUAUGCCUUUAGGUUGGAGUCUACCCAGAUGGAAUAUAAGCUGUUGCUUCUCCACCUGAGGGUGGCCUCAUCUUGGCACAAGAGGACGCCAUGGACCAGCAUGUCAGUAUGGGAAUGGGAAUUGGAAUUAAAAAUUUUCCUCCUAAGAUACAGCCUCAGGGUUGGUAGUAGUAACUACUUCCAAUAUGCUUCAGUUCAGGUAGAGAAACAGAGUUGAACUUACCUGGCCAUAUGCUGUCUGGUGAAGAGACCCAAGAGUGGUCUGACAGAAGCACGUGACCUUAUCCAUGUACAUCGAAAAUGGAAUCCAAGUCAAGCAGCCAGCAUGGCAAUCAGAAGUUAGCAGCACCUUUACAAAUCUGUAUAUUUUUAUCUGUCAGUUUUAUAAGAUCAUGGAACCCACAGCGCAGAACAAGUUGGAUUUGUUUUGAAUGGAACAAAUUAUCCUUAUUAAAGGAAAUAAUAAAUCUGCCACUCACAGAGCCAAAUUUCUUAAUAGAAUAACAUUUUUGAUUGAUAAUUGUGACUUCAUCAAAUAGGCAAAAAUGCUGAUUUAUUCAUCCACAUUCAAAGGUUCAUGAUCAUUUCAUUAUGACUUUUUUAAUACAUCAAAAGAAUUUUCAAAGCAGUGGACAUUAUUAUAGACCAAUAAUUCCCAACCUGGGGUCCAUGGACAUCUUGCUUAACGGAAUUGGUUGAUAGCAUAAAAAAGGUUGGGAACCCCUGUAUAGAUACAAUUUGUUACCUAUGCUCAAAUAUAGAUGACCAGGACUUCAGAGUAGAAUAUGUUAAAUUUUCCACGUUGAUUUGGAUGACAGUCUUGCACUGGGCCAGACAAUACACAAGUUUCAGCUGUGCUCGGAAAGUGGGUUCGUGACCAUUUCGGUUUUAAGCAGCUUUGCAAUGAUAUUUAUAAUGUUUAGACUUGGCAAUGACCAUGGGAUUGCCUGGAGUUUGAAUCCACCAGAGACAACUCAGAACUUCCAAUUUCAAAUCAGAAAUUAAUACCUACACUUUGUGGCCACUUUGUUAGGGUGCAGGAGAGGAACCUGUCGUGCUCCUCAGCUGCUGUAGCCCAUCCACUUCAAGGUUCGACAUGUUGUGUGUUCAGAGAUGCUCUUCUGCACUUCACUGUUGUAACGUGCGGUUAUUUGAGUUACAUCACCUUCCUGCCAGCCUGAACAAGUCUGGCCAUUCUCUUCUGACCACUCUCAUAACAAGGUGUUUUCACUUACAGAGCUGCCACCCACAACAUGAUUUUUUUUUUUGCGCCAUUCUCUGUAAACCCUAAAGACCGUUUUUGUGAAAAUCCCAUGCAAUCAGUAAUUUCUUAGAUAUCAAACCACUCUGUCUGGCAUCACCAGUCAUUCAAAGGUCAAGUUCACUUAGAUCACAUGUCUUCCGCAUUUUGAUGUUUGGUCUGAACAACUGAACCUCUUGACCAUGCCUGCAUGCUUUUAUGCAAUGAGUUGCUGCCAUGUGAUUGGCUGAUUAGAUAUUUGUAUUAACGAGCUGAUGUACAGAUUGACCUAAUAAAGAGGCCACUGAGCAUAAUUUUAAAUUGACAAAGAGCAAAUGUCACUAUAAAAUGUUGCAGGAAUUGCAAACACUGAUCAAAGAACAUACCUUUGCAUUAAGAAAAAAAUGUCUGUGUUAAUACAAGAUAUCUUCUGCUUGUUAUGGUGAGUGUAACGUGUGUAAACUUAUCCUAAGUCUUUGCAAGUUUAUCAGAACUAUAACAAUAGCAUUUCAAGUACUAACAAAACACAACAAAGGGGAACAUUGCUACUAAAUUGCCGAAGAUAAACUGAAAAAAGUUUUUUUUUAGGAAAAUGAGUGUAUUUAUUACAGCUGCAGUAGAAACAUCUCUUCCACUGAUCACUUUCUACAAAGUAAAAGAAUGACUUUUUCUCCAUGGUCAAGUAUUACAUGGAAUCUCUGCAAGGAAUAUAUUCUGAAUAAUAGUCUUAGUUUAAAUAAAUUGCAAGUCUGUAAUUGUCCAUUAAAGAUCUUUUGAUCUCUGCAGAAAUUCCCAAAUGCCAUAUUAUAUGGCUUAUUUAAAUGGCUUGGCACAGUCUAGAUGGGCCAAAGGACAUGUUUCUGUGCACUACAUUUCUAUAACUCUAUAUAAACUUAAAGCAAAAUGUACCACAUAUGCCGAUAAGAAUGUUCAUAACUCUUAAGACAAGUAUUUUAAAAAAUGAUAUGAUUUCUCAUUCAAGGUUUCUUCUUUGUAUGUCUCAGUGAAUGCUUGUUGCAGUAUAAAAAAGCUGUAUUGUAAGAUAUUUUCAAUAUCUGUUAAGAUCUAUUGUAGAGGAAUUUCUUAAAUAUAAGGGUCAGAAGUUCACUUACGGUUACCAGUGUUAAAUAUUUUGAAGAGUAUCAGUUACAGGUUGUAUUCACUUAAGACCAUAAGAUAUAAAGCAAAGUUAGGCCAUUUAGCCCAUCAGGUCCGCUCUACCAUUCUAUCACAGCUGAUUUCCUAUCCCUCUCAAACCCAUUCUCUUGUCUCUUCAGUUCCAUUAAAAUGACAGAGUUAAAUCUGAGCAACUGAGCAUGACAGGCAGCGGAUAUUCUCACCUACAGUUAGCACGUGACCAAAGAUGGUGCCUCAUCCAAGAUUUUUCGUAAAAGCAAACUUAACAACAAUGGUUUCAUUAUUAUAUUUUUUCCCAGGGAAUAAUUACCUUCUGCUGCAAGACGCUGUAUGUAUCAAAUUUAGAUCUCAUCUAUUGAAAGUUUCAAGUAAGCUGUUAAUGGAUCCAAUGCAAUCAUUGACCUCGGCCCGGUAAUAACCAAAUAGUCAACAUUUUCAAUCAUGCAAAGAAAAGUGGCAACAUAAGCAGUGUAAAUGGGAAGACAAAAUGAUUUAAAAGACAAUAAUAGUCUGGACAGAAGUAGCUUGGCACUGAGACCAUCGUGAUAUGCUCAGCCUUUUCAGCUUUCAGGCCUUUCUUCUACUGCCCUCUAAUGUUCUUUGCACGUCAACUUCAAAAACUGUGGUUUUAUCUGUUAGGAAUCUUUUACAUCACCCAGCUAUAGGUUCUCUGAUAUAAAAUGUUCACUAUUCUAAUCAUUUCCUGUCAUGAACACUCUUGAAAUAAUGUAUACUCUAUAAUUGGAGAAAGGAUUAGCACUGUAAUCUCGUUGUCCUGAGCAAUGACAAUAAAGCUCUAACAAUGAUAAAUGAUAACUGAGUCAUGUUCCACACAUACUAUGUCUCAAUGUUGCAACAAUAACAGGAAAAUUCACAUAAGUGAUUAUGUGGAUUUUAGAUAACUUAUCUACAGCGUAAAAGGGUCAUGGAAUGUUCUCUUGAAUCGUUUGAAGAGAGUGUAUAUCACGUGUAUUUAAUUUUCACAACAUGAUUGACUGUACUGAUACAAAUAUUGCUCUACAGCAAAAUCAGAACACAAACUUAAUAUUGAUAAUACUAUUAUGUAUGUGGAUAGGGGUGGGGGGUUGAAUAGCAGGAAAGUAAAUUACUUACUCAAAAGCAAGAUGAGCCAACCAAAGCCCUUUAAAAACAAAUCUGGAAAAGGAAAAACUGUAACGGCAGAUUUGUUCAGUAGUUAAUAUGUCAAUCUCCACAGCUGAAAAGAGAAUAAUAUAUAUACAUUAAAGACAAUAAUAAUGGAUCAAUUACUCUUCCUCUUCUUAAGCCCUUCAACCGUAUUGGGCCGCCAACAGCAGCUCACAAGAGUCAUCUGUCCUUGGUCAGUUUUUCAUGUUGUCCCCACGUGUUUCCAGGUGCCCAUUUUCAAAUAUCCUUCCUCUGUCAGGGAUGAGGACUUUGGAGCUCCUGUUGGUGUUUCUGUAGCCCUGGGUUUUUAGGAAUGAAGUUGCUAAUCCCAUUUUCAGCCCUCCUCUUUUCACAGCCAGGCUUGGGACCAUCCAUGGUGAAGUUGCAUCAACAUCUCAGUACUGUUUAAUCAAGUUAAGCAAGGAAGAAAACUGCUAUAAAUGAUAAUUACAUGAAAGUUUGAGAAAUAUUCGGGUUUCUGAAGAAAGCAAGCAAUGAAGUUGUAAAUGCUUUUGUCAUAAUCUUCCAAAGUUCUCCCAGUUCAGGAAUAAUGCACCAAGAAUGAAAAAUGUGUCUGUGUAACUUCAUAAUUUAAGAAAACUAAAAGAGAGAAUUGCAGAAAUUUGUCUAACUCUGUUGUGGGGAAACUUUUAGAAUCUAUAAUUAAGAACAGAGGGAUCAAGAACUUUGAGAAAUUUGGAAUAAUUAAAUUAAUGUAGCUUUUCAUCAACUUCUAGGAAGAUUCUGCAUUAAAAACUGACUCUAAGAUCAGCCUUUGACACCUCAACCAAUUCUAACAAUGGAAGUUGAUGGAUUAAGCAAGAUGCCAAAACUGGGGUAAAUGCAACUAAACACAAGUAAAUGCUUUGGAUCAAAGGAACGACAGAUCCAUUAUCAGCUGUGGUGGUAGUAGUAGUGGCAGAUAUAUUAGGGACACUAUCAGGAUAGAUGCAUGGAUGAUAGUACAAUGGGGGGCUAUGUAGGAAGGAAGUAUUUGAUUAAUCUUAGAGUAGGGUUAAAACCUCAUGAGUCAAAGGGCCUGUAUUUUCCAUGUUUUACAGCAAUUGAAGACAAAUGAGAUUUGGGAACUUGUGUUUGGUAAUUAUGGAUAAAAAUCAUCAAAACUAUUCAUGGAGUACUAGCCUUUACUCAAGAGGAUUGCAAUAUAAAGGAAAUAUUACUUCAGAUUUUUAAUGCGCUGGUUAUUGAGUACGCUGAUCGGCGCUUGGCGUGCAGCUCUGAUUCAUCAGAAAGUUUACAGGUUAGAUGAUGAAGCUAGAUAAGACAUAUUCAAAGGAAUGUGGAAUGUUAAAGGUUGAUUUAUGCAAGAGACCUAGGACUUGGAGAGGAAUGGAUGUAGACAGGAAGUUAUUUCUUAUUGAUAGGUGAAACUAAGAUGAAAAAACAAGCCAAGAGCUUCAGUAGUAAAGAAUCAUAGUCAUAGAAAAGUAUAGCACAGAAAUAGACACGUAUAGCUCACCUUGUACAUGCCGAUUGUUAUGUCUACCUACAUUAAUCCUGUUUACUGGCAUUAAACCCAUAUCCCUCUUUUCCUUUCCUAUCCAAGACCUGUCCAAACAUCUUUAAGUAAUGUAAUUGUACCUGCCUCCACCAUACCCUUGGGUAGCUUAUUUAGAUGGUCACUACACUCUGUAUAAAAAAAAAACAUACCCCCCAAAUUUCCUUUAAAUUUCACACCUCCCACGUUUAACCUGUGCUCUCUAUCUCUAGAUUCCACUGCCUGGGGACAAUGAACCUGACUAUCUAUCUUUUCCAUCCUCAUAUUUUUAUAAACCUUUAUAAGGUCACCCCCCCCCCACCCCACUGUAUCUACAUUCUAGUGAGAAUAAUUUCAGCCAAUGCAUCUCUUUUUAUAAUGAGAGUGUUUCAUUCCAAAUACCUUCCGAGUUAAUCUCUUCUGCCAUCUCUAUUGCUGCCACAUCCUUCCUACAGUAUGAUGACCAGCAUCAUACACAAUAUUCUAAGUGUGGUCUGCCCAGUGUAAUGUUCCAACUCUUAUUCUCAAUGGCUCUGCCUAUGAAAACAAGCAUUCUAAAUACCUUUUCCAUUACCCUAUCCACCUAUGCUAUCACUUUUAAGGAGGUGUGGACUUGCACCUCAAGGUCUCCCAGUCCAUCAAUACUCUUGUGGUCUAGUCACCUUUCUAUACUUCUGACCAGAAUUUUACCUCCCAAGCUUCAUGACCUUACUCAUGCCCGGAUUAAAUUCCACCUGCCACUGGUCUGCCCAACUUUCCAGCUGACCCCUGUCCCACAGUAUUCUUAGGUAUCCUUUUCAUUAUCUAUCUCUCCGCCAAUGUCCGUGUCAUCCAUAAAGUAAGGAAAAACUUUAGUAUAGUUGGAAAUAACUUUGCUAGUUUUGGGAAAACUUCUUCAUGGUGGAGGUGUAAAGCUCUGUGGCAGAGAAAAGAGUUGGUAGUUUUAACAGAGUGAUCAAUAGGCUUUUGCUCUUCUUGGGUAUUUUGGAUAUAUUGAGUCAAGGCAAGGUGAUGCAGUUGAGCUAUGGUCCUGUUGUGACUGACUGGGUCACUGAAGCUAGGUGAUAUAAAGGCCUUUAUUCAACUCAACAGAUCUUCUGGAGAGAACCUAAUUCUCCUCUCCUCACACAAUGUGUGAACACCUCAAACACCUUUCAACCACAAAGAUUACAGUUAGCUACAGUUUCAAUGGCAACAAUCAUCUAACAUUAGAAAUGUAGACGGAUAACUACAGAAUUAAAUAUUAACAAUGGGAUCACAACCCAAUUAGCAGAACCCUUUGAUUAUUCCAACACCAGUACUGGUUCAAGCACAUAUUCCAGAUACCCAAAAUUUACCCUUUUUGCUACAGUGUAGAGGAAUGGCUCCCUGAAUAUACAACCAGCCAGAGUAUUAAGUGACCCUGUCUAAAACUGUGUGUUAAUUGGCAGGGAUACAUCUUUAACGAUGUGUUAAUACGGGAGAGAGCAGCACUGCCUGUUAGGAGUUUGUACGUUUCCCCUGGGUCCUCUGGUUUCCUCUUACAGUCCAAAGACAUUCCAGUUGGUAGGGUGAAUUGGUCAUUCUAAAUUGUCCCGCGGCGAGGCUUGGGAAGUGGCUGAGUGGCGUAGCCCAAAGGGCUGGAAGGGCUGUAUCUCAAUAAAAUAAUGCCUUCCCCAACCUCGUCCUGAAAAUUUCAAUGACCUCCAAAUAACAUGAAUCUCUAUCGUCUUUCCCUCAAUAGUUUCUCGAUACAGAAUCUGAACAUCCCACACCCUGAUGAAGGGUCUCAAUCCAAAGCAUCACUCUUCACUUCCCUCCAUAAGUGCUGUCUGACCCCUGAGUUCCUCCAGCAAUUUUUUUUUGCAUUGUUCCACCUCCAAUGAAUGGUUUCAGUAGCCUUAAAACAUCGGUUGAAGAUCAAUUUAAUUCCUGAAGAAUCAUUCUCAUUUUUCUUAAUGCACAUUCAUAAUUAUCAACUCCAGAAUCAUCUCUGAGUUCCCGUUGGUACAAAAGAGGUCUCUGAAAGGUCUCCUCUUAGUCUUAUUAUGCUGCCUCCAUUUUUCAAUUAUGGAAAUAGCUCAUCCUUUACUUGGGUCUUUUAGUUUCAAAUGCUCAUGUGGCUGUUCAUAAUCUGUUCAACCUCAAACCUCUGCACAGUGUGUUCCAGUUAAUUAAAGACUGAGUAAAUGUUUUAGCAUGUUUGUAUAAAUGGGACAGAGAGCUUUACUAUAUAAAGGUACAUGAAAUUAACUGGCCUAAUAGGUCAGUUGCAAGGUAUCGCUUUCAAUGUUUUCUAUUUACCAUCCAUGCAAAGUUUGAUGAUGCACUUUCAUUAAAAUUAGCUAUUUUUAUGAUAAAAAAUUGUAAUAUAUAACAUUGGUACCUGUUUAUAGAGCCUUGCUUACAUCACUUCUAUUUAUUUUUGUAAAACCCCUUAGCUGAGUCGUGUAGAAAUUCCAUUCCAUUUAUUAAGUGCUUGUAAAUUAAAAGGUUCUUCCUAAAUAUUGUGUCAUUGAAAUAGCUGAACCUGGUGCUUCAAUAUUAUUUCAUUAUUAUGCAUAAAUGUAAAUCAGAUUUAUAAUCGAGUUGUUUACAGGAUUGUGUAGUA